AUGUCCCACCCUCUGGAGAAUGUAUCCCACCCUCUGGAGAUGUCCCACCCUAUGGAGGACAUAUCCCACCUCCUGGAGAAGGUGUCCCACCCUCAGGAGGAGAUGUCCCACUCUCUGGAGAAGGUGUCCCACCUUCUGGAGAACAUAUCCCACCCUCUGGAGGAGAUGUUCCACCCUCAGAAGAACCUAUCCCAUCCUCUGGAGAACAUAUCCCACCCUAUGGAGAAUGCAUCCUACACUCUGGAGGUGUCUCAUCCUCUGGAGAAGGUAUCCCACCCUCUGGAGGAGAUGUUCCGUGCUCUGGAGGUGUCUCACCCUCUGGAGAAGGUAUCCCAUCCUCAGGAAAACGUAUCCCACACUCUGGAGAACACAUCCCACCCUCUGGAGGAGAUGUUCCACGCUCUGGAGGGGUCUCACCCUCUGGAGAAGGUGUCCCACCCUCUGGAGAAUGUAUCCCAUGCUCUGGAGAAGGUGUCUCACCCUCUGGAGAUGUCCCACCCUCUGGAGAAUGUAUCCCACCCUCUGGAGAUGUCCCACCCUCUGGAGAACGCAUCCUACACUCUGGAGAACCUAUCCCAUCCUCUGGAGAACAUAUCCCACCCUCAGGAGAAUGUAUCCUACGCUCUGGAGGUGUCCCACCCUCUGGAGAACGUAUCCCACCCUCUGGAGGAGAUGUUCCACACUCUGGAGGUGUCUCACCCUCUGGAGAAGGUAUCCCACACUCUGGAGAACACAUCCCACCCUCCGGAGGAGAUGUUCCACGCUCUGGAGGAGUCCCACCCUCAGGAGAACGUAUCCCACCCUCUGGAGGAGAUGUCCCACCCUCUGGAGAAGGUGUCCCCCCCUCUGGAGGAGGAUGCCACGGAACCAGACCGUGGUCACUCCAGCCCUGGCACUGCUGCCCGCCCCCCCAGACCCACAGCAGCUGCUGUGGCCGCUGCCAGGCUCGCUGAUGAGGGCACAGCUGAGCCCGCUGGCCAUGGCAGGGACCCGGAGCCCCUUCCCCGGGUGCCCCCGGGCCCGCAGAGCCCCCGCAGCCCCGCCGGGAGCCGGGCUCGGACAGCGCCGGGGCAGCCCGGGCUGGGGGCUGCGGGCUCGACCCCGGGGCUGCUGCCGGGCACGGAGCAGGAGAGCAGGACCGGGGAGGUGACAGACGGAGCAGCUGAAGGCUUGGGGACAGCGGUGACCCUGGAGCCCGGAGCGCUGCGGAGCGACUGGCACCAGAGCAGGGCGCUGCGCUCGGAUGUCACCGCGCUGGACGGCCUCGCCGUCGUCAGCGACUCCUGCGGCGCCGGGAACCACUCGGUGCGGCUGAGCCUGAGCCCCGCAGGGGACACAGCCCGCGGGGAGCCGGGCUCGGAGCGGCCCCACGACACCUUCGUGGCCCUGGUGGCCCUGCAGAGCGACAGCAGCCAGGCCCUGCUGCAGCUGCACUCGUGCUGCGUGUCCCCCUCGGCCACCCCCGGCGCUGCGGGGGCCCAGUGCUGCCUCUUCCGCAGGCUGCCCUUGGAGUGCAGACACAUCCAGCUGCUGGAGGGUGGCAGCUCCAGAGCCGCCAGCUUCUCCAUCCAGCUGUUCCAGAUGCUGAACCACUCCGUGGCCUACCUGCACUGCGAGCUGAGGGUCUGCCUGCCAGGCCAGCCGGGAUGUGAACAGGGCUGCUUGGAAAGUGUGGAGCCCCUCGCCCAGCCCAGUGACAGGACCAGCCAUGGAAACCUGCACAAUCUGGUGUCCCUCGGGCCCGUCUGGAGGAUGAACAACAGGUUUCUGUUGAAGCCAGUAGAAGGCAGCAGAGCCAGCUGUGCCAUGGGCACGGAGCGGGGCGGGCAGCUGGGCAGCCUGACCGUGUUCAGCAGGGAGGAUUUUGAGGAUGAGUGGCUGAAGGUGGCCAGCGGGGGCUUUGGCCACGUGUACCAGGUGAAGCACAGGAGGUGGAGGACGGUCUACGCGGUGAAGUGCUCCCCGUACCUGCUGCAGGACUCCAGCCUCGACAGGACCAGCAUGAACUGUCUAAUGGAGGAGGCAAGCAAGAUGGAGAAAAUCAAAUUCCAGCACAUUGUCACCAUCUACGGGGUGUGCAACAGCCCUCUGGGGAUAGUGAUGGAAUACAUGGCCAGGGGGUCCUUGGAGAGGAUCCUUCCCACCCACAGAAUGUCCUGGCAGCUGAAAUUCCGGGUGAUCCAUGAGAUGGGCUUGGCCAUGAAUUUCCUGCACAGCAUGAGCCCUCCCCUGCUGCACUUGGAUCUGAAGCCAGGGAACGUUCUCCUGGAUGGGAACAUGCACGUCAAGAUCUCCGACUUUGGGCUGUCCAAGUGGAUGGAGCAAUCCAGCAGGAUGCAGUACAUCGAGAGCUCAGCUCUGAGGGGCACCCUGAGCUACAUCCCCCCCGAAAUGUUCCUGCAGAACAGCAAACCCCCGGGGAUCAAGUACGAUGUGUACAGCUUCGGCAUCGUCAUCUGGGAGGUGCUCAUGCAGAAAAAGCCUUACACAGGGGCCAACAUGAUGGCCAUCAUCGUGAAGGUGGCAGCGGGGAAGAGGCCGGGGCUGGAGCUCGUCAGGGACGACUGGCCCGGGGAGUGCCACCAGAUGGUCGACCUGAUGAAGAGGUGCUGGGACCAGGACCCCAAGCAAAGGCCCAGCUUUGCAGAUAUCCCUGUGGAGACCGACGUGCUGCUGGCUCUGAUCCAGAGCCUGGUGCAGGACCCGGAGAACGAGCGCCUGGUCAGGAAGAUGUCCCACAAACCGGCCAUCUCCAGGAGCCAGCAGGGUGACAAAGAGGAGUUCACCUUCCCCCGAGACACCAGGAGUGGGGGAAAGGACCCUCAGGAGGUUCCUCUCCCACCUCCACACGGGGAGGCCGGCAGCCCCGAGGAGCUGGGGCCCGAGGAGCUGGGCAGGGUGCAGGAGAACGGCCUGACCCUUCUGCACCUGCUGGUGCUGCAGGGCAACGUGGGCAGGGUGCGCUUCCUGCUGGGCCGCGGGGCCGGCGUCAACGGCGCGGCGGGCGGCGGCUGCACCCCGCUGCUGCUGGCCGUGCAGCGCCGGCUCCCCGAGAUCUGCUCCGUCCUCAUCGAGCACGGCGCCGACGUCAACGCGGCCGACGAGGACGGCUGGAGCCCGCUGCACUUCGCGGCCCAGCACGGCGACGACCGCACCGUGCGGCUGCUGCUGGACCACCAGGCCCGCGUGGACGCCCAGGAGCACGACGGGUGGACCCCGCUGCACCUGGCGGCGCAGAACAACUUCGAGAACGUGGCGCGGGUGCUGCUGUCGCGCCAGGCCGACUCCAACACGCAGGAGGUGGACGGCAAGACCGCCCUGCACGUGGCCGCGUGCUUCGGGCACGUCGGCCUGGUCAAGCUGCUGGCCAGCCAGGGGGCCGACCUGGAGAGGAAGCAGAAGAACCUCAGGACCCCGCUGCACGUGGCCGUGGAGAGGGGAAAGUUCAGGGUGGUGCAGUAUCUGCUGAAGAACGGCAUCUCCGUCAACAGCCUGGACCAGAACCACUACAGCGCCCUGCACCUGGCCGUGGUCAGGGGCAAGUACCUGAUCUGCGAGAAACUCAUCAAAUACGGGGCCAACGUGGAGCUGAGGACGGACAAAGGCUGGACCGCCCUGCACCUGGCCUCCUUCAAGGGGCACAUCGAGAUCAUCCGGCUGCUGAAGGGCAGCCGCGCCCGGCUGGACGCCAAGGGCAGCAUGGACUGGACGCCGCUGCACCUGGCCACGCGCUACGGCGACGAGCCGGCGGUCGGCGAGCUGCUGCGCUGCGGGGCCGACCCCAACACGGCCGAGAGGUCCCACUGGGCCCCCCUGCACUUCGCCGUGCUCAGGGGCUCCUUCCUCGGCGUCAUCAACCUCCUGGAGUGCCGGGCCGACGUCAACGCCAGGAACAAGGUGGGCUGGACCCCGCUGCACCUGGCGGUGCUCAAGGGCAACAUGGCCAUCGUCAAGACCCUGCUGAAGGCAGGGGCGCUGCUGGACGUGGAGGACAUCGCCGGGUGCACGGCCCUGCAGCUGGCCGUGAGGCACCAGCGGGAGAACAUCAUCACCCUGCUCCAGGAGGCCUCGGGGGGCAAACCCGGGAACAGGACUGUGAGCGAGGCGAAGAUGCCCAGACCCAGGCUUAUCCCAGGAAGGACAGAUCUGUAA